AUGACAGCUAAAGAUAAUUUUAUUCAAUCACCUUUACUUGAUGGUAAUGGUCAACAACCAACAGAAUCGUCUGAUACAAACGAAUUACAACAACAACAAUUACCACCUGAUUAUAUUAGUUCAACAAUACAGGAGAAUGAACCAUCUGAUGAUGUUGAUGAUGAACAAUCAUCAAUGCAAAUAGAUGAUAAUAGUAUAUAUGAUGAAAAUGGUCAAAUUAAAUUUCCAUUAAAUGAUUUAAUUAAACUUGAAGAACAAUUAAAUCAAACAAGAUGGGUCGUACCUGUUUUACCUGAUGGUGAAUUAAUUAAAUGUUUACGAGCUGCUGUUCGUCUUGCUGCACAUAAAUUAGAUACAAAAAGUGAUUCAUGUCAACGAUUUAUUCGAGAUAGUCUUGUAAAUUCUUUUACUAAAGUUCUUUGUGAUGAAGCUGUACAAACAUGGAAACAUGAAAUAUUUACAUAUAUUUAUCAAAAUUGUAUGGUUUUUAUUGAAUUAUGUGUACUUAAAAUAGAAGAUGAUUGUUUACCACUACUUGAAAUUCUUGGUUUAUUAAUGAAUCCUUCUUGCCGAUAUCAUCAAUCAAACCAUAGCCGUUUAAGUGAUUUACAAUUAGCAGCUGAUAAGGAAAUAUUUGCUUCAUCAAAUGAAUUUCGUCUACCACAACGAGGUUGGUUAAUUGAUUUUAUAAAUCGAUUUGGAGAUUUAGGUGGGUUCGAUAAAAUUUUAACACGAUUUUUAUCAUCGGAAACAAAAUUAACCAUAUCUGUCGUUGUUGCUUUACUUAAACCUUGGGGCCUUUGCUAUGAAUAUUUAACACAAACAACUGUUAAAAAAUAUUUUGCACCAAUCAUCGAAUUUGUUCCGAAAUUUCUUGAUAAAUUAACAGAAAAUGAUCUGAAAGUUGAAACUAAAACUGAACCAAAAAGUGAUACAUUAUCAACAGUUAUUAGAUGGUUACGUUAUUUGGCUUCACGUAUACCAGACAAUGAAAAAGAAUGUCGCAAUUUAGAUGCACUUAGACUUAAAAUGAUUCUAAGAAUUCUUCAAACUAAUUCUUUCAGUGGUAAAAUGAAUGCUCUUAAUGAAGUAAACAAAUUAAUCAUGAGUCUUAAUACAAUCCAACGUUCACCAUUAAAUCGAUCAGACGAACCCGAAAGUUUAACAGCUGAGAAAUUAAUCCAAUGGAUACAAGAAAAUCAAGUACUUGAUAUUGUUUUACGUGAUUGUUUACAUCAACCACAAUAUGUUGAAAAAUUAGAAAAAAUUCUUCGUUUUAUUAUAAAAGAACAAGCAUUAAGUCGAAUAGAUUUAGAUAAAAUAUGGAAUUCAUCAUAUGGAAAACAUGAAGCUAUUGAAAAAAAUGUUCAUGAUUUACUUGCAAAAUUAGCAUGGGACUUUUCACCUGAACAACUUGAACAUUUAUUUGAUUGUUUUCGAGAAAGUUGGACUAAAGCAAGUAAGAAACAACAAGAAAAAUUACUUGAAUUAAUUCGUCGAUUAGCUGAAGAUGAUAAAGAAGGUUUAAUGGCAAAUAAAGUUCUUGAAUUAUUAUGGAAUAUAGCACAUGAUAAACAUUUACCUAAUGAAAUAAUUGAUCAAGCAUUAACAGCACAUUUAAAAAUACUUGAUUAUAGUUGUUUACAAGAAAAAGAAAAAACAAAAUUAUUAUGGCUUGAUAAAUUUAUGGAUGAAGUUAAAUAUGAUCGUGGUCAUGUUAUUAUUUCAUUAAAACAAUUAAAAGAGAUAUGCAUGCAAUUCCAUGAGGGUGUUUUUGCACAAAACAUUCCACGUAUGCCCGGUCCACAGAAUCGUACUGGUGUUAUUGAUAUAUUAGAAAAAAAAUAUGAAUUAACUCGUGUUGUUACAGAAAAUCUUUGUCAAUAUAUGGAAAGUGCGAGAAAACAUAAAGAAGAAACUAAAUCAAAUAUAUUACCAGAAGAAUAUUAUUCAGAUGGUCGGUUUAAUCACAAUCAACAAAUUCAUGAACGAUUAAAUUUUCUCAAAUUUACUUUAAAAGAAGGACGAAUGUAUUUAUCUGCUGAACAUUCAAAAACAAUUUGGAUAUGUUUAGCUGAAGAAGCUGUUUUUCCAAAUGAUCGUGAACAAUGUUUUCGUUGGUUUGCUGAAAUUAUUGAUGAAGAUGAUUUUGAACCUAAAGCAGCAAAAGAUUUUAUUCAAAGUCAUUUAAUGAAACUUGAACCUCAUCUUCUAACAGAUCUUGGCAUGAAUUGUUUCGAUCGUUUUUUUAAAUCAGUCAAUGCUCAAUUAAAUAAAUUACAACAAAAACGUCGUUCAAUACGUUUAAUGAAUGAUGAAGAUCUUGUUGGUAUUGAAUAUUUAUGGAAAUUAAUUUUAAAUGGUUCAGAUGAAGUUGCUGAUCGUGGUAUACAAUUAAUGAGAGAAAUAUAUACUAAUAUAAGUCCACAAUUAAAAACUGAUGUUAAACGUAUACAUGAAUCAUUUAUAAGUGAUUGUUUUGAACGUUUACGUCCUGUUUAUGAUAGUGUUAAAUUAAUGUAUUCACAUCAAGAUUCUAAACAAGCAUAUCAACAUAAACUUAAUUCAUUAAUACGAAUAUUAAUUGUACUUCGAGAAUAUUUAGCUGAAUGUGAUAAUUCAUAUCAUAAAGAACGAUCAUUUUUACCGAUGUCAAGAGCAUUUCGAGGCCGAUCAAUGAUAUUAAUUAUACGUGUAAAUACAGGUCAAAAUCGAACAGAUGAUUUUGAACAUGGAUUUCAUUCAAAUGAUACAUGGGGACAUAUUCGAAGAUUUAUUCAUAAUCGAUAUAAAUCUUCUUAUGGUAUUAUUGAAUUAUAUCGUAAUAAUGAAAUAAUCUAUGCAACUGAUGAUAAUAAAACAUUAGGACAAACUGAUGAUCGAGAUAGAAUUUCGGUUACAGCACGAUGGGUUCAACAUCAAACUCAUGGUGGUUCAAGUGGUGAGAGUAGUUCGUCUGAAUCAGAAAUGAAUAAUAAUAAUAAUAAUUCUUUAACAUCAUCUCAUCAUAAUCGAAGUCUGGAUUAUAUUGAUAUGAAUGCAGAAACUUCUUUGCCAUCUGUGAUAUUAUCUCAAAGUCAUGAAUAUUAUCAAUUUCUUAUCGAUAUUGCUGAUUUGGCUUGUAAAGAAGGUAAUACUCGUCUUCGCGAUACUGCUCGUCAAAUUCUUGAUUUAAUUCCACUUGAUUUAUAUUCAACAAAAACGUUGAAUGGUUGUUUUACAUUAUUAACAGCAAAUAAUGAACAACCAAGUGCUGAAGAAUGUUUAAAUCGUUUAAAUAAUUUCUAUUUUAAUGUUUCACCAUCACACAUGCUUUAUAAUCUUAAAGCAACAUUAAUUAAUUUUUUACCAGCACAUAUACAUCAAAUAUGUUUACAAAAUAAUAAUAAUGUUGAAGGUUUACAUGUACGAUUUUUAAAUGCUGGUGGUUUAUCAUGUUUAUUAAAUAUUUUAAGUGAAAAACAUUAUACUGAUCAAUGUGAUAUAUCAACAAGAAAAUCAAUUUAUUUUAUUGUACUUUAUCUUCUUAAACGUCUUUUAAUAAUACUUGCUAUAUAUCAAUUACGUUUAACAAAUUCAAAUAAUUCAUCACCAUUUAAUGAAUCAUUAGAACAAAUAUUAAGUAUAACACCAACAAUACCAUUACCUAUAAUGAAUGUUGUUGGUGAACAACAACAUGUAUCAAUGUCAGUUGAACAAAAAAUAGCAGCUACAUUAAUAGCACAUCGAAGUGAUUAUCCUAUAUCAAAAAAUUCUUUAAUACAAUAUAAUCAUAUUAGAGAAUUAAUACGUCUUAUUUGGUGUUUAGCAUCAGAUUCAAAACAAAAUUCAUUUGAAAAAAAUUUAAAAAAUGAUUUUCUUGUUAUACAUCAGACAUUUAAACAGGAAAAUCUCAAUUCAAAUGAUAUUUCUAUUAUAAAUGAUGAUAAUGAAGAAGAUGAUGAAAGUCAAUUAGCAUGUCGUGAAGGACUAGAAUUAUUAUCUAUAUCUUUAGCACUUGUAUCAUCAAGUGUUGAAAAUUUAUUAAAAGAAAACUUUUUUGAAUAUUUUUUUAUUGAUUUAAUACUUUAUUGUCCAUAUCAAAUAAUUCGUCAUACAUCAUCGGAACAAAUUUUUUUAUUAACAUCACGUUGUUCACAAGGCCAAUGUGAAAAUUUAAUACAAUUUUUUCUUCAAAAACAAUUUCAAUUAUUAAAUAAAUCUUCAGAUAAUUUUAAAAAUUAUUCAUUACAAUCAUCAGAUUUUUUUCUUUUAUUAUGUCGUUUAUUAUCAUAUGCUUAUUCACGUAAUAUAUCACCACCUAAUAUAUCUCAACAAUUAAAUGAUGAAAUUUUAUAUUUAAAACAAAUAACAUUACCUGUUGAUGAUCAUUUACUUCGUGGACAUUUAAAUAUUGCUAAAGAAUUAUUACAAUUUCAAACAAGUGAACGUAAACGUUAUUAUGGUAUUGAUCAAUUACUUAUACAACAAAUUAUUGAACAAUAUCUUUUUCCAGUAUCAACAUUACUAUAUAAUUUUCGUUUGUUAAAACGAAAACGUCUUUCAAAACAAUCAAUCAAUAAUAAUGAAGCUUCAAAUAAUAAUGAUGAAGAUAAUGAACUUGAUUUACUUAAAGAACCACCUGUUGCUAUUUGUCAAACACCUAUGUCAACAUUAGCUGCAUUUGAUUUAUUAGUUGUUUUAGGAACAAAUUGUAUUGAAAAUUUAAAAUUAAUUGAUAAAUAUAUUACUGAUCUAUUUUAUACAGUCCCCGAUUCUAGUCUGAAUGAAUGGGAUUUUGCUCCACUUGUUGGUCCACGUCCAAAUCGUGGUUUUGUUGGUUUAAAAAAUGGUGGAGCAACAUGUUAUAUGAAUUCUGUUCUUCAACAAUUAUUUAUGAUUCGAUCAUUACGUACAGCAUUAUUAUCAGUUAAAAUUCCACCAGGACAUGGUGAUGAUGAAACUGAUGAUGAUGAUCAACGUCGAGAUGCUUUUGAUUCAUUUUCUGAAGGAAAAUUCUUUCAUAAAGAUAAUUUUACAAUAACAUCACCAAAUAAACAGCAAGAACAGAAUAAUAAUAAUAAUAAUAAUAAUAAUAAUAAUAAUAAUAACAAUAAUAAUAAUAAUAAUAAUAAUAUGGAUUUAUCGCCAAAAGAUUCAACAAAUGAACGAAAUGAAUAUAAUAUACAAAUAUUUCGUCAUAUACAAUGGAUAUUUGGACAUUUACUUGAAUCCAAAUUACAAUAUUAUGUUCCAAGAGGUUUUUGGAAAAUAUUUAAAUUUUCUGGUGAACCGGUGAAUUUACGUGAUCAACAUGAUGCCGUAGAAUUUUUGAAUACAGUUGUUGAUAGUGUUGAUGAAGCAUUAAAAGCAUUAAAUUUACCACAAAUAUGUUCGAAAGUAUUAGGUGGAACAUUUGCUGAUCAAAAAAUUUGUAAAGAUUGUCCACAUAGAUAUUCACGUGAAGAAGAUUUUACAUUAUUAAGUGUUGAUAUUCGUCAUAGUCAAAAUUUAAAAGAAUCUCUUGAACAGUAUGUUAUAGGUGAAUUACUCGAUGGACCUAAUGCGUAUUUCUGUGAAAAAUGCAAUAAAAAAGUUGAUACGAUUAAACGAACUUGUUUUAAAAAAUUACCACCUAUUCUUGCUAUUCAACUUAAACGAUUUGAUUAUGAUUGGGAACGUGAAACACCGAUUAAAUUUAAUGAUUAUUUCGAAUUUCCAAGAGAAUUGAAUAUGGAACCGUAUACAGUUCAAGGUCUUGCAAAAGCAGAAGGUAAAUUAAGAGCUUAA